CGGGCUGGCAUCAUCAUUGCAUAAUUUCGCCAUAUAAAUGCAGAUCCCAGAAUUUGAGAAAUUAGUUCAGUUUUGGAAACCGAAUCACACAAUUGGAAAAAUUCAAAAUGAAAUUCAGUAUUGUUCUCCUUGCCUGCCUUUUCGCCGUUGCCCUCGCCAACGAAGAAGCCGAUGUUGUUAAGGAGUUCCGUGAAGUUAACAAGGAAGACUUCAAAUAUGGCUUUGAGUUGACCAACAAAAUCCGUGCCUUCCAAGAGGGUCAUUUGCAAGACGAAAAGACUUGGCUCGUCAAGGGCGAAUACGAAUUCGUCACCAAGGAUGGCAAACACAUCAAAGUCACCUACAGUGCCGAUGAAUACGGCUACCAUCCUAAAGUAGAACAUUCUCAUUAAAUUACUUAGAAUUUCACAAAAUUGAGUAUGUAUUAAAUUGUUAUAAAAUAACAAAAAUACAUGAAUUUCAUAUAAGCAAA